AUGGCGCUGGACGGAUCCAGCAGUUAUGUGGCUCCUAAUAACCUAACGGAGCCGUCGGACUCCCUGCCCAUCUUCGACGUACAGCGGGUGCAGCUCCAAUUCUCGAUCGCGGCGGACUUCGUGGCCGCCCAGGUCGCUAACAAUGUGCUCAUCUUAGCCCUGUCGACGGGCCGGAUCCUUCGAAUCGACCUGGAUAACCCUGAAGACAUCGAUGACAUCGACCUUCCCAAGAAAUCCUCAGAGAUUGGUCUGAUUCGACGCAUGUUCCUUGAUCCUUCUGCGUCUCAUCUAAUUGUCAGCACCACCCUCGGCGAGAAUUACUAUCUCCACACCCAGUCGCGCCAGCCCAAGGCCUUGUCUCGGUUAAAGGGCGUUUCGAUCGAAAGUGUUGCUUGGAAUCCCUCUCUGCCGACUGCCUCGACGCGCGAGAUUCUUCUAGGUACGACCGACGGCACUGUCUACGAGACGUACAUUGAACCGUCUACGGAGUUCUAUCGGCGCGAGGAGAAAUAUGUCACCGCAGUAUACAAGGUGCCGGAUGCCUCGCCGGUGACUGGGAUAUGUGCUGAGCCAGUUCCAUCGAGACCCGAUCAGAGAAGAGUCCUUGUGGCCACACACGCGAAAUUGGUGCAUGUUUUAGGCCGGAUAGGGACCUCCAAGCAUGGACGAGAUGGCGGCGGGUCAAUAUAUUUCGAGCUUUUCCAGCGUGAGACACCUUUGGUUCACGAUAUAUCCAGUCCAUCAGCAUCAGCGCCAUCCUCCUUGAUGAUAUCCUCCUCGAGUCCCGGAGGGCAUCAGGCGGAAGGAUACACAGAGAAAGAGUUCGCAUGGCUCAGCGCUGAGGGAAUUUACCAUGGCCAGCUCUCAUCCGAGACUCCGUUUGACCGUGCGAAUAUGCUUCCUCGCGCCAAAUUCCCCGCAUCGCAGUCCGCACGGGGAGGGAGAAAGUUGAUUCAGGAUCCGAUUUCUGGAAUGACUUUGACCCAUUGGCAUGUUUUGGCACUUGUCGAAGGCCGAGUGGUCGCCGUUAAUCGCCUGAAUGAGGAAAUCGUUUAUGACCAGGUUGUACUGGAACCUCGUCAAAGUGCACUGGGUCUUUUGACUGAUCUGACGCAAAACACAUACUGGCUUUUUACCAGCCAAGAGAUCUUUGAAAUCGUGGCCAAUGACGAGGACCGAGAUGUGUGGAAGGUUCUUUUGAAAGAGAAGAAGUUCGAUGAGGCACUUCAAUACGCUCGCGGGCAUGCGCAACGCGAUGUUGUCCUGACGGCAUCGGGUGACUUUUUGGCAGAGCAGGGCAACUUCCUCGGGGCUGCGAAAGUCUGGGGCAAGAGCAGCAAAGGCUUCGAAGAAGUUUGCUUAACAAUGGUAGAUAACAAGGAGUACGAUGCUCUCCGGAAAUACCUUCUCUCUCAGCUUUCGACAUACAAAAAAGCGUCUGUCAUGCAGCGAAUCAUGGUCGCAAGUUGGCUUGUGGAGCUCUUUAUGUCCAAGCUGAACUCCUUGGACGACAGCAUCGCUACCAACGCGGAGCUGGUCGAGGGUGCGACAGAGGACCAAGUCCAGGAUCAGCUGGGCAGCAUCCGAGCCGAGUUCCAGGAAUUUGUGAACAAGCACAAAGCAGAUCUGGACAAGAAGACUGUCUACGACAUUAUCAGCAGCCAUGGCCGCGAACAGGAAUUACUUUUCUUUGCAACGGCCACCAACGACCACAAUUAUGUGUUAUCCUAUUGGAUUCAGCGAGAGAAAUGGUCGGAGGCAUUGAACGUCCUGCAGCGCCAGAGUGAACCAGAUGUCUUUUACAAGUACAGCAGCGUACUCAUGACACAUGCGGCAACCGGGUUGAUCGAGAUUCUAAUGCGACAGACGAAUCUCGAUCCGGAGCGGCUCAUCCCCGCGUUGUUGAAUUACAAUAAGACCGCCAGCGUCUCCCUCAAUCAAAAUCAGGCUGUGCGAUAUCUCAACUUCAUUAUCGUCAACCACCCCAAUCCCGCCGCAGCUGUUCAUAACACGCUCAUCUCAAUUCACACCUGCAACCCAUCACCCUCCGAAGCCGGGCUGCUCACUUAUCUCCAGUCGCAGCCAUCAUCGCCUCCUCCAUAUGAUGCCGAUUUUGCUCUCCGCCUUUGUAUCCAGCAUAAGCGAGUUCAGUCAUGCAUCCACAUCUACAGUGCUAUGGGCCAGUACCUGCAAGCAGUAGAACUCGCCCUGGAAUACAACGAUAUCGAGCUCGCCGCCAUUGUCGCAGAUCGCCCCGAAGGCAACGACAAGCUUCGCAAGAAACUGUGGCUCCUCGUCGCGGAGAAGAAGAUCCGGCAGCCUGGCACGGGUAUCAAAGAUGCCAUUGAGUUCCUUCGCCGUUGCGAGCUCCUCCGCAUCGAGGACCUCAUUCCCUUCUUCCCGGACUUUGUCGUAAUCGAUGACUUCAAAGACGAGAUUUGCACCGCUCUCGAAGACUACUCGCGCCACAUUGAUGCCCUGCGCCAGGAGAUGGAUAACUCUGCACUAACGGCGCGCCAGAUUCGGGCAGAAAUUGCAGGUCUCGAUACCCGAUAUGCGAUCGUGGAGCCGGGCGAGAAGUGCUGGAUUUGUUCCCUGCCUCUUUUGAGCCGCCAGUUCUUUGUUUUCCCGUGCCAGCAUGCUUUUCACAGUGACUGUUUGGGUAAGGAGGUUCUGGACGGCGCCGGCGGCAAGAAGAAGUACAUUCGGGAUUUGCAAAGCCAGAUGAGCAGCGGGGAUCUCUCUUCCGCACGGAGGGAAGAGAUUGUCAAGGAAUUGGAUGGGUUGGUUGCGGAAGCUUGUAUCCUAUGCGGCGACCAUGCCAUCAAGCAAAUUGAUAAGCCAUUCAUCGCCGCCUCGGAGACGACAGAUGAGUGGGCUCUCUGA